AAACAAAUUUCAACUCGAGCAUUUAGUGAAUAUCAAAUUAACUAAUAUCCCGCCCGUAGGGCGGGCCGACCCUAGUUGAGCAUAUAAUUUAGUUUUAGAAAGCGUGACAUAAACACUUAAUAGCACAAAUCGUCUUCGAGUUUGUCACGUUUGUAUUGCCUUUCCCUUUGCUUUUACUUUUUUCAGUUGAUAUUAUAAUGGACAGUUGAUCUUCCCUUGAAUUGCAAGUUGUCACAUUUGUCCAGGUUCGUCUGGAGUGCAUUGGUUUUUGGUUUGAUCGUUCCAAAUUAAAGGCUUUUCAUUUUGAUGUCCCAGUCAAAACUUUAAUUUGGAGAUUUAGUAUCGGAAGACUUUUUAGCAGUAGAAAACACAAGCAAUAAAGGAUAUGAAAUUGGUUUGGGUUUGAGUUUGGAUGUGUUGUUGUGUCAAAAGUUGGUAAUUCCUAAAAUUAACCUAAACUAAAGUAACAUAUUCCUAAAAAUAGCAACAUUAACUACCAUAGCCACAUGUAUGUUUUUUUUUCUCUCUCUCACCUUUUUCUAGAGUACCUCCCUAAGAAACCUAUAGAAGAUAAACAUGAACACAAACUGUCACAACAAAUUCAUUUUACCUUAAAUUUGCUUGAUCAAAAGAUAAUAAAAAACAAUUUGAAACAAGAAGAAAAGCUCGAAAUGACAUCAAAAUUUGUGAUGCUAUAGGCAAAAAGAAGAAAAAGGGAGAAGAGGCAAAGGGAAUGGGAGACAGUCGUAGAGGAUUAUCUUCAACACCACAAUCACGCAAGAUCAUGGUGAUCGCUGACCCGACCCGUGAAUCUGCAGCUGCUCUUCAAUACGCUCUUUCACACGCCGUACUCGAGCAGGACGAGAUCAUCCUCGUCCAUGUUGAAAACAAUGGUGGCUCAUGGAAAAAUGCUUUCUCGACUUUCUUGAGAUUGCCAAGCUCUAUUUCCUCCUCCUCUAGCACCAGCGGGUCCUCACCAGGCGCUGCUAAUGCUAACGCUAACACUGCAAAUACAGCUGCAUCUUUGGCAUCUGAGAUUGGUCAAGAAGAAGGGAAUUUUCUUGAACAGAUGAGACGGAUAUGUGAAAUCGCUCAGCCGAAGGUGCGUGUGCACACCGAGUGUAUUACCAUGGAAGGCAUCAAAGCUACAGCUAUUCUUCUUCAUGGAGACAAACUUGGGGUGGAUGUUAUCAUCAUUGGCCAACGCAGGACAAUCUCAGCCUCCCUUCUAGGAUCUAGGAGGCCUGGAGGGUCUCUAAGAGGACCAAAAGGAGUAGACACAUCAGAAUAUUUAAUUGAGAACAGCAAAUGCACCUGUGUUGGCGUACAAAAGAAAGGUGGUCAAAACGGAGGCUAUGUUCUGAACACCAAGACCCACAAGAAUUUUUGGCUCUUGGCAUGAUCCUAGUCAGUUUUAUAACACCUAGCUAAAAAGACGAACAAAAAAAAAGAAGUUUAUCAGUCAUCUGCACUUGUUUCUUUCAUGAUCUUCAAAUUCUGGCAAUGAAGUGUUCUUUUUAAAUGUUGUUUUCCCUCCUCCGACCACAAAAUGGGGGGCAAAAUUUGUAAAUAUGGAACGCAUAAUCAGUUGACACCAAUCUGAAUAAACGGAUGUAAGAAACUAGAGUGUCAUGUCAUGACUCUGGCAUUAAACAACAGGGUAAGGCUAAAUAUUAGUGCGGAGUGCAGACUCAUACUAACAUACGCUAAACACUCCGACUCAGUAAAUAUUGGCCCUGCAAAAUGACAAACGGAAAGUCAUUUCAUGAACAUUUUAAAAGAUAUCCGAUAAAAAAAUGUUACUCUUUCUGUUUUAUGUAUCUUUUUUCUAGAGCAUCAUCAGUUACUGUGCCCUGUCCACCAAAGGCUUUAGGUUAUGCUUUCGGCAGCUAUUGCGAUGCCAGCUUCUGUACGUCAAACAGCUAAAGUUUUAUAUGUGCUUCUACUAACAGAACAAAGAACACAACUGAUAGCAACACUGAUAUAACUCAGAGUUGUCAAUGAGUACAUAUAUUGUAAUAGACAACUAGAUUUUGACCAGUACUUUAAAAGCGCGGGAUCUCUUUUGUUUAUUUUUUAUUAUUUAGAAAUGUAUUAAAAUUUUAGUAGUGAAUUUUUUUCGGCACCAUACAUUAAAUAUUAAAUUUUUAGAAGCAAAAUAAGUUCUUAUAAAUGUUAUAUCCUAAAUCUAUUAUAACCGUAAAAGUUUAAAUCUCCAAAUAAUAAUUAAAUUUUUGAGUAAAAACCGAAACCCUGUUUAACGAUGAUAGAUAUUUAGUUUUUGGGUUUGUAAAACCUAAAAUUUCAACAGAAACUGUAAAAUAUUUUAUUUAUUGUUUUCUUAGGUCUAAUUCGUGCCAAAAUACAUAAUCGUAAUUUCAAACUAAUUUUUUCCUAAAAUAUGAAUUUUUAUUCAUAAAAAUUCAUUAUUGGAAAGGAUAAAUUACACCUGCGUUUAUAUAUUUAAUAGAUUAUUGAUAUCACUCAAAUUACCCUAAGGAGUGAAUUACUCUCUCAAAUAAGAGGUUCAGAUGUAGUACUUAGGGAUCGAAUCCACAGAGACUCUAGGAUUACACAAUAGAUUAUGGUCUUUGAAAUAGGCUAGAUUAAUUGGUUUAUAGGUUUUAAAGCAGUAAAUGAAUUGGUGAGCAAGGUUAUUGAUCGAUUGUUUUUUUUAAGGUUGUUAACAGUUGGGAGAAUAGCUAGAUUCAGGUAUAUUCUCAUGUAUGAUAAAUAAAUAACUUAAUUUGGGGUUUUAAGGGUUUAUUGAUAUUAAUUGUUCUUGAAUUCAAACUCAGAUAUAAUCAAUUAGAUUAUCUAAUCUAGAUCUCAGAUUUCAACUCUCGUAUGUUUAUCGCGAGAAAGUGUCGAUCGAUGAUUCCUUAAGAAUAUCGAUCGAUACACUUUCAAAAUAUCGAUCGACAGAACUAUCGUUGCGUUGAUCGAUGCUUCUUCCAGAAAGAUUUACGGACAUGUUUGAUUAGUAUUCUCUAACUUACUAGACCAACUCUUGUGUUUAUCUAGUCAGUUAGAUCAUGCCAGUUAUUUCCAGGUAUUGAGUCAAGCAAUGACUUGUUCUCAAUUAAUCCUAAGAUCUAAAUAAAGGGGUGAUCAAUCCUAAACUUAGCUUUAAGAACAACUAGAUGAAGAACUAUAUUUUAAACACCCUAGAAACAGUUCAAGUUACCGAUACAUGUAUCAUCCUAUUGCGAAACCUAAAUCUUACGGUAAGACUACUCAGACAUAUUCAUAAAGCACAUAGUUAUGAUCGUCUGAAUAAUACUCAAUAGAUAACUAAAUAGAGUAAGAAACAAAAGGAGUUCAAGAUCUUCCCUCUCUCAAGGUAUACAUAUCUCUCUCAAUGUGUACAUAUAUCUCUCUCCAAUCCUAAGCUCUCUCUCUAGAAGAGUAUGAAGCAUCGCCGUCAACAAUGGCUUAGAAACAAAAAAAAUAGGAUUUCAGGUGGUCCAGGGGUAUAUUGGUAAUAUGUGGUGACUUCUGGGCCUAAAUUAGUCACGAAACAGGCUUGGCCUGUUUUCUGGGAUCACUGUCGACCGAUACCAAUGAUGUUUCAUCGAUCGACAGCCCUUCAUCUCUUUGACAGUUUCUUGUCGCGAGGCAGACGGGACACUCUUCAGUAAAACGGGCAUAACCUCUGCUGCAGGAUGCUGAUUGACCUCAAACUGGUGGCAUUGGAAAGAUAACUCAAAGCUCUAUCGUUUUUCAAAAAAUGGGCUCCAUUUAACGGUGGAAAGGUCUCCAUCCAUAGAUAAAUAUCUGAUGCGUCUGUGCAGUUCUGCACCUCAAAAGGCUCCAAAACCACCAUAUUUCUUCAUAACGUACCU